AUGGCGGGGGAUGUGGCCAGUUCCGAGAUCUCCGAGGAGCCUCACGGCAGUGGCUUCGAGGUGCCUUCCCAUCUGGUGGCAGUCCAGAGACUCGGCAGCGGAGCGUACGGUGAGGUGUACCUCUGCGAGGAUACCACCAACGGGUCACAGGUUGCAGUGAAAUGGAUCCGAAACUUUACGAAGGACCCCCUCUGCGGCAAAAGGAUACUGCGCGAGAUUCGGCUGCUUGCUGCCCUGCGCCACGAGAACCUCUUGAAGUUGACGGAUCUAUUGCCCGUGCCGAAUCCUGACUUCGACGAUGUCUACAUAGUCAUGCCGUACCUGCACCUCGAUCUACAUCGUGUAAUCUACUCCAAGAUGAAGUUGUCGGAAUCGCAUACGCAGGCUUUCGUUUGCCAGAUUCUGCGCGGGCUGAAGUACCUGCAUUCCGCUGGAGUUGCGCAUCGCGACUUGAAGCCGAGUAACAUCCUUGUGAACAAGGACUGCGCUCUCAGAAUAGCAGACUUCGGGCUUGCUCGAGGGCGUUCGAACUCAGAGGAAGAGCUCACGGAUUAUGUCGUAACUCGCUGGUACAGGGCACCAGAGCUGAUGUUGUUGCCUUCAGGAUACUUCGAGGCUGUGGAUCUGUGGUCCGUAGGCUGCAUUCACUUUGAACUCAUGGCCCGUGAGGUGCUCUUCCCCGGGAAAGACCACCUGGAUAUGCUCAGACGCAUAGCAGCCACGCUGGGAUUUUCCAUCGAACAUGACCUGCACUGGGUGCCAGAGAAGGAGACAAAGCAGGUCCAUAGCAUGGUCAAGACGCUCAAGUUGCCAGAGGAACCGAAGGCAUCCUCUUCCUUGGAGGAGCGCUUGCCGCAGGCUUCCGAGGUUUGCUUAGAUCUUUUGCACAAAUUCUUGGACAAGAUCCCAACACGACGGAUCUCUGCGUCGGAUGCGCUUGACCACGCGUACCUGGCGCACUUGCAUGACCCAGCAGGGGAAACGGUUGCUCCACGGCCGUUUGCAUGGGACUUUGAUCACUUCGAGCCCUCAGCCCGUGCUCUGAAGGACAGAGUCUAUGCCGAAUGUGCUAGACUUCAUCCAGAAAUUGUCGUGAGGGACAAGGAGUGGCUCUCCGCCCGUGGGUUCCUGCCACAGGGUGUUGCAGCGGGGGCCUCCGGCCUUGUGCAAGUUGGUCAUGGUAACGUUUUCUGGGUUCCCGAGGCCGCCAAAGGUCGAACUCUGCACGUGGAGGCUGAGCCUCAUCCAAGCGUUCCAAGCACAUCGCGCUCCAAAGGUUCUGUGCGCGUUGGAGUUGUGGAGGAGGUUCCUCGAGGAUGGCCCGAACAAAGAGUUCAGGCCUUCGGCAAGCGAGCAGCCAAUCCCUCCACCAUCCGAGUUGUCAGUUUCAACAUUCUCGCUGUUCCCUAUGCCAGAACGCAGUUGGCCACACAAAUAAUGUACCCCUACUGCCCAUCGCAGAUCCUGGACUACGCUUAUCGACAACCUUUGCUAGGCAGAGAAAUCCAGCGGUUGGACGGAGAUAUCGUCUUCCUGCAGGAGUGCACAUAUUUCACCUACCUGAAGUUCUUUCAGCCUUUGUUCGGCGAGAGGUACCACCUCCGCUGCUCCCUCAAAGCAAGCCACGUCUCCGAGGGUUGCUUGGUAAUGGUCCGCACGGAGUCGUUUGAGGCCAGUCGGUAG